GCAUUCCUUUUUACCCUCCCGAACCAUUUGAAAACCCCAAGAAAGAGACCCCUUUCGCUCAUUCUCUCUCCUCUCUCUCUCUCUCUCUCUCUCUCUCUCUCAUGAGCAUGAUGAAGUGAAGUGAGGGCUCUCUCUCUCUCUCAGCAGACAUCCAAUCUCUAUUUCUUCGUAUGAGAACAAAAAACCCCAUUUCUUUUCUUGGGCUUCCUCAAUCCCCACUAAAAACCCCCCUUCUCCCCUCUCUCUCUCUACCCUUUUCCUCGCUUUUUCCCCCUUUCAAAUCUCAAUCUCCAAAUAUCAUUCAUUUUAUUGCCUUUUUCUCAUCUGGGUCUCUCCAAUUUCCCCCCUUUUGGGUCUUUCCCCAUCUGGGUUUUUUGAUUUUUCCUCAUUUGGGCUCUUAGAUCUGCUGCUACGAGGUCAGAAUCUUUGUUAUUUAUCUAUAGGUAUUUGUAUUUAGUUUGUAGUAAUUUGGGGGGAAGAACCUGAUGAUUUAUAAGCUGAGAUAGACUUCUUAUGAUGCAAAUUUAUUAUAAGAGGAAACAUAGGGUUGAGGUGUUGUUUGGGUUUUCGUGGUUGCAAUCAGUUGUUAGCUUGCCCAUUUUGUACUAUGUCAUGGUGCUGCUGCACGCUUGUAGAAAUCCCCCAUUUCAGAGAUUUAUGAGCAGGGUUUGGAUUAUGUAGUGUUGGGUUGUAGUUAAAUGGGCAACAGCACUUCUCGAGUUGUUGGUUGCUUUGUGCCCGCAGGCAAUGGGAAGGAUGGUGUCAAUCUUGAGUUCUUGGAACCUUUGGACGAGGGAUUAGGCCAUUCCUUUUGUUAUGUUAGGCCAGUUAUUGUAGAUUCUCCGGCUAUAACCCCUUCAAACUCUGAGAGAUACACUGUAGAUUCGAGCACUUUUGAUUCGGAGACGCAUAGUGGUUCUUUUAGGCAAGAGAUAGUAGAGGAGCUCGCCGGAUGGAAUAGAUCGAAUAAGAAUUUUGCUGAGACCACAUUUAAGACUAUAUCGGGAGCUUCUGUUAGUGCAAAUGCAUCCACUGCUAGGACUCCCAAUGUAUUAUUAACCGGUGAUGCUCAAGAACCCGCUGCCUUAUUUGAGAGCUCAGCUUCGUUCGCUGCCAUCCCUCUGCAACCGGUGCCUCGUGGGUCCGGGCCCUUGAAUGGGUUCAUGUCGGGUCCACUGGAGAGAGGGUUCGCCUCGGGGCCUUUAGAGAGAGGUAGUGGGCUAAUGUCUGGGCCUCUUGAUAAAGGUACUUUCUUGUCGGGUCCUCUUGAUUCUAGUGAUAGGAAUAAUUUCUCAGCUCCAUUGGGUUAUGAAAGGAGAAGAGGGAUUGGACGACUAAUGAGGAGCAUGAGUAGGCCUAUGAGGAGUGCUCUUUCUAGGACAUUUAUGAGAAGAUCACAGGGUCCUGGUUGGAUGCAAAGGUUGUUCUUUCAUUCGAAGGAGGAAAAGUUUCAAGCAGAAGUUCAGCGGGAUUUGGCAGAAGUGGGGCCUUCUGAGCCUGAGUAUAGUAAUAGCCGAAACUUGCAAUGGGCCCAUGGAAGAGCUGGAGAGGAUAGGAUAUACGAUGGCUUUAGUGGCCCUGAUGCGCCGGAUUUUCUCAUGAGCAAUCUUUAUAAAGCUAUAGAUAAAGAAUUGGAAGGUUUGCUUUGGGAUUACGAAGAUAAAUCUCAAAAGACUCCGAUAGUGUCUGGCCCGAUGGAAAGGGAGGCUGUUGAAGCUCUUUCAGAAAUUGUGGCAGGGAAAUGUUUUGCAUCACAGAUCGCUGAUGAUGAAGUUGAAAAAGAUCACGAGAGUUUGUCGUCAUGCAAUGAAUGUAGCCAAGAACAAUGUGAAGAAGGUGUUGCAACUACUCAGCUGAACGAAGGCGAGAGCAGAAGCAAACUAACUCUAGACACAUCAUUAGGCCACAAAUCCAUACAGGAUGAUGAGGUAUUAGAAGAAAAAGAUAGUACCAUGGUUAUAGAUCAGGUGCAAGCGACAAGUGAAAUUAGUGAAAACUACAGCGCAAAUAUAACAGAAAAAGCAACAAGCACAAUCAAUGAUCAAGGGGAGGAUGCUAUUGGUGCUCCAGCAACCAUUUCUACACAGCAAUCCAGGAAAAGCAAGCGCCUUUAUGAACUGCUUCAGUUGGAGCUCGUAGAAGACAGAGAAGCAAAAGAGUCUAAAUUGGCAUCCGUGUCAUGGAACAAUUCACAAUCAUGUGCUGAAAGCACUAAAGUAGAAAGUUCAGGUCGCACUGAAGGGGCUGACAGUCCCAGAGAAAGUGAUGGGGUGGAGAACUCCGAACAACGUAAACAUAUGACUUCAUUUUCUUCUUUAGGACACAAGCAGAUGAUGAAAAGAUCAAUAAUAGGAUCAAAGUUGAGAAAGAUGUAUAGGAGGCAGAAAACAUUGCGGAAAAAGCUUUUCCCCUGGAGUUAUGAUUGGCACAGAGAAGAACACCAAGUUGAUGAGCCGAUGUUCAACCCAUCAGUAGUUGUUAGGAGAUGCAAAUCUGGCCCGGUUGAUCAUGAUGCAGUAUUGAGCGCAAUGACACAAGCACUUGCCAAUACAGAGGAAGCAUAUAUGGAAAUGGUCGAAAUGUCGCUUGAUAGGAAUCCGGAGCUUGCACUAAUGGGUUCUUGUGUUCUUGUAAUGUUGAUGAAGGAUCAGGAUGUGUAUGUUAUGAACCUUGGUGAUAGUCGUGUCAUUUUAGCACAAGAUAGGUUGAAUGACCGUCAUGUUGGCGCCAAUCAUGUGAAAGAUGAUGCAAGGAAUCGUAACAGAUCUAGGGAGUCUCUUGUUCGUGUGGAAUUGGAUAGGAUAUCCGAGGAGUCUCCUAUGCAUAAUCCCAACAACCGAGUUUGCGGCAUUAACAAGAACAAGGAAAUAUCCCUUUGCAGAUUAAAGACGAGGGCUGUGCAGCUGUCCUCUGAUCAUUGUACUGGCAUUGAGGAGGAAGUUUCGAGGAUAAAAGCAGAACACGUUGAUGACGUUCAAGCUAUUCUGAAUGAUCGAGUAAAAGGGCAGUUAAAAGUUACUAGAGCAUUUGGUGCUGGUUUCCUCAAGAAGCCAAAGUUCAAUGAUGCUUUGCUCGAGAUGUUCCGGAUCGACUAUAUUGGAAGCUCACCUUACUUAAGCUGCAUACCUUCAGUGCUGCAUCAUCGUCUCUGCUCAAAUGAUCGGUUUUUGGUCCUAUCUUCUGAUGGGCUUUACCAGUAUUUCAGCAAUGAAGAAGUCGUAUCUCAUGUUGCAUGGUUUAUGGAAAAUGUCCCUGAAGGAGACCCUGCACAGUAUCUUAUUUCUGAGUUACUGUUUCGUGCAGCUAAAAUGAAUGGGAUGGACUUUCAUGAAUUGCUAGAUAUUCCUCAUGGUGAUCGGCGAAAAUAUCAUGAUGAUGUUUCUGUAAUGGUGAUUUCCCUUGAAGGACGGAUUUGGAGGUCAUCGGGGUAAUUGUUUUUUCACAGAGCAGGUAUUGCAUCAAGAAGAUAACAAGAUGUAGCAAAACUUCUUGAAGAAAAGUGGCAUCUUGUGCUGUAAUUGUUUCUGUUUUUUCUUGCGGCUCUCCUCUGAGCUCCUCUUUUUCUUCCAUUGUGUUUUUAACAGUUGCAGGGUUGGUCUCUUAGUGUUCUUUGUAAUGUUGGUGUAUGCCCGGUCAUCCAAUUGAUGGACUGCUUUCAGUCCAAUAUAUUUCAAAAUUUUCCUUGAUUGGAUGAAAGGUUAAAAAGAGGGGAAAUUAAUUGUUGAUCAAUUUUUAUAUUUUUAUAAAUAUUUUGGAGCAAUAUUUUUUU